AUGCCUAGAAUUGAAUUCGAACCGAAGUUAGACUUCAAGGACGUACUCCUACGUCCAAAAAGAUCGACGUUGAAGAGUCGAGCUGACGUCGAUCUCGUUCGAGAAUAUGAGUUUAAGAACUCUAAAAAAACUUAUGCUGGAAUCCCAGUUGUUGCUUCCAACAUGGACACCGUUGGAACUUUCGAAAUGGCAGCAACUCUCUCCAAGCAUAAGAUGUUCACCACAAUUCACAAACAUUAUACGGUUGAAGAAUGGAGGUCAUUCUUCGAGAAUAACCAAGAUCCUAAUGUUUUCAAUCAUACAGCUGUCUCUUCCGGUAUAUCUGAUGCUGAUUUCACAAAGUUGGGACAAAUUCUCGAAGCUGUACCCUCCUUGGAGUUCAUAUGUCUUGAUGUAGCUAACGGAUAUUCGGAAAGCUUUGUUGAUUUCAUCAGAAAAGUUAGAGAGAAAUAUCCAAGACAUACUAUCAUGGCCGGAAAUGUCGUCACCGGCGAAAUGGUGGAAGAGUUAAUCCUAUCUGGCGCUGAUAUUGUUAAGGUUGGAAUUGGCCCAGGAUCUGUUUGCACUACCCGUAAGAAGGCAGGAGUUGGAUACCCACAAUUGAGUUGUGUACUUGAGUGUGCUGAUGCUGCUCAUGGUCUUAAUGGACAUGUCAUGAGCGAUGGAGGCUGCACUAAUCCUGGAGAUGUUGCCAAAGCUUUCGGAGCUGGUGCUGACUUUGUCAUGAUUGGUGGCCUUUUCGCUGGUCACGACCAAAGUGGUGGAGAAGUUAUUGAAAAGAAUGGCAAAAAAUACAAACUGUUCUACGGUAUGAGUUCUGAUACUGCCAUGAAGAAACAUCACGGAAGCGUCGCCGAAUACAGAGCAAGUGAAGGAAAAACAAUCACCGUUCCAUAUAGAGGUGACGCCAAUAGUACUUGUCUUGACCUUCUUGGAGGAAUUCGCUCUGCGUGUACUUACACUGGAUCAACCAAGCUGAAGGAACUGCCCAAAAGAGCUACUUUUAUCCGUGUGACCCAACAAACCAAUGACAUGUACGUGCCUUACGAAGUCUAA